GAUGUCCGAUUCACAGUUGAGUUGUGGAAGAAGACUGCAGAACAGAUGGGCAGUCAACUUCAUAUGACUUCAGGGAAUCAUCCCGAAGCCAACGGGCAAGCUGAGCAAAUGAACAGAGUUGUACAACACUUGCUGAGGCAUUACAUCAAGCCCAGCCAGGAUGAUUGGGAUGAGCAGUUGCCUCUCAUCGCCAGCUUGUACAACAAUGUUGUCCACAGCAGUACCGACGUUAGUCCUAAUCAACUUUACUUGGGAUGUAAGCCUAGAUCAGCAUUAGACUUCCUCCUACCUGAAAACCGACCCGCUGCAACUCCAGGCACACUUGAAUAUGCUGUGCAGUAUGAGAAGUUGCUGCAAGAAGUUGUCGAGCACAUGAAGAAAGCUCAGCAAGCAAUGAUUGCUUCUGAGAAUCAACAUCGUAGACAGUCCACAUUUCAGGUAGGGGAACGUGUCUGGGUCAAGGCUAGUGAGUUAGGACAGGAGUUCGGAAUCUCUCGCAAACUAAUGCCUCAGUACUUUGGUCCCUGGGAAGUCCUGGAUAUAGUGGGAGAUGAGAUGGAUGGCCCCACAUAUAUAAUUCCUGUUCGUGGACACCUACGCAUUCACCCAGUCUUUCAUGCCUUAAAGCUUGCACCUUUCGCUGAGACAGAUCAAUUUUCUUCCAGGAGAUCGAUGCUGCCCCCAACCAUGGAUGGUCAAGUGGACAUCGACAACAUUGUGGAUCACAGGGAUAGUCCUGUUCCGAAGUCGUUGGGUCGAGGAAGACCUCCUAAACCCAAGAGAGAGUAUCGCAUCGGAUUCAGGCAUCAUACGAAUCCAAAAGAAGAUCGGUGGUUUAUUAGAGAGGAACUGAUUGAGACAGCUCCUCAGGUGGUGGCAGAAUACGAGAGACUACUGAAAGGGAAGGCACCUGCGAACAAGUUUGAUAUUCGGCAUGGUUUCCAUCACAUUCUGGUUAAAGAGGAAGAUCGGUCGAAGACGGCCUUUGUGUUGUUUGAGGGCACGUGGCAGUGGGUUCGGUGUCCGAUGGGGAUUUGCAAUGCGCUUGCCACGUUUCAGCGAGCAAUGAACAUGACGUUCCAGAAUUUCGUCAGCAAGACAUGGCUGACACAAGGGAUGAUUAACUUCUGCGUGAACGUGUACAUGGACGAUAUCCUGGUCUAUUCGGAAACCUAUCAUGGGUACGCACAACAUAUCGAAUGGAUAUUGGGAGCGUUGAGAGACGCUGGGUUCAAGAUUGCGCUCGAGAAGAGCGAAUUUUUCCUCACAAAAAUUUCAUUCUUGGGCUACAUUGUGACACGUGGAGGACUACGACCGGACUCAAGAAAGGUUGCGGCAGUGAAAGAAGCCCCGGUUCCCACGUCACUGACGCAGGUUCGAGCCUUCUUAGGGUUAGCGUCGUACUACCGGCGCCUAAUCAAGGGCUUUGCCGCGAUUGCACGGCCAUUAACGAAUCUGCUACGGAAGGACCAGCCUCUCAGCUGGGACGCGGAGUGCAAGCAGGCCUUCGCGACCCUCAAAGACGCCUUGGCGACGGCUCCUAUUUUGAUCCGACCGGACCCCUCGAAGCAGUUUAUCCUCAUUACGGACUGGCAACCGGAAGCCAUCUCCGCUAUUUUAGCGCAGAAGGGGAACAAUGGUCGCGAACACGUCAUCAAGUACGCGUCGCGCACAGUGUCGGACGAACGCCGGAAUGACUCAGCACCUCAAGGCGAGUGUUAUGCGGUAGUUUGGGGAAUCCAACACUUCCAUCCGUAUCUCUACGGACAGAAGUUUCGCCUCGUGACGGAUCACGAGCCUCUGCUAGCUUUGAAGAAGCUCACCAACUACACGGGCAUGAUUGGCCGAUGGGCAGUACGACUACAGGAGUACGAUUUCGAUAUCGCCUGGCGCACCAAUAUGGAAGGAGAGCUUCUCGCAUUUCUAUUUGGAACAGUGCGGCCCGGUCAUUGGGAACUUAUCGCGCAAGAACUCACGAUCCCUGUAGCGCAACCGGCGGAUGAUCUCCCUCCCGACAUCAUCGCGCAAGACGACGAGCAUCCGGUCCCCCACGUGCUCUCUCGCACAUUGAUACCUUACCUUCAGUGGUCGGCUUGCGUAGAGGGAGCCGCAGAAUGCAUCCCGCCGUCACAGCAACAGUAUUUGGAUCCCCGAAUGGCUCUCGAUCCUGCCAUCUUCAGAUACCCUACAGCGGAGCAGUUUGUUGCCAUCCGAGAAGAAGAGGAGGAAGAAGAGAGCACCGGGAGUGACGAAGGAGAGAGCACCGGGAGUGACGAAGGAGAGGACACGCGGGAAGAAGGCAGGGAUAGCGGCGAAGUGCUUGGUGAAGAGGACGAAACCCCCGAAGAGGGAAGCUAUAGCGAGCAUGGCGAGGGAGAACAGAGCGAAGAAGAAGAAGAAGACGAGGAAGGAGAAGAGGAGCACGAAGAAGGGUCUGCUGGAGCGGAGUGGAAAGUUGUGCCGGAAGAGGCACUGCGUACGGGCACGGAGGCUGAAGAUCCCGAGGCGGCCCGUAAAAGAGAAGAGAUCGCGACUGGGAAGGAGUUAGAACUCACGAGCGCGGCGAGUCUGCACAUUCACGACGACCCAAACCGAGAUCCGGAGCCGCCCCGACCAGAAGAUGGCAACCUCACGGCCACGACUCCGACCCCAUCAGCGGGGCAACGGAGCCGAUCCCCCUCCUCCCCAACCCGUCCCCCAGUUCGCCGACGUACCGAUACGGGCGAUCGGCCUUCGUCCCCGAUCACUCUCUCGCCGUCCCCUUGACUACCUCACCCUCCGCAAGCUCACCACCCCUGUCACGUUCCCCUCCAAUCCGUUCCCCCGCGACACCUUCCGUCACUUUUACGCU